AUGCAGUGUAGUGGAACGAUAGGGAGCGGUGCACGUGGUGGCGACGGGUGCCGAUGCUGUUCAAUGGUACGCCGGUCGGUGGGCGAGUACCAGUGCCCAGUGCUGAUGGUGGUACCCAGCAACGGCCACAACGCAGGACGUCCGGCGGCCGCGGCCACCAAGAAGCCCGAGUCUGGCGGAAAGAAGCUCAGGUUCCAGCUGGCCAAGGAGCGGAAGGCGUCCACCACGCUGGGAAUCAUUAUGAGCGCGUUUACCGUGUGCUGGUUACCGUUCUUCGUGCUGGCGCUGGUCAGGCCGUUCCUCAGCGACCCAUCCAGCAUACCCAGCUCGUUGAGCAGCCUGUUCCUGUGGCUGGGCUACGCCAACUCGCUACUGAACCCCGUAAUCUACGCCACGCUGAACCGAGACUUCCGGAGGCCGUUCCAGCAAAUACUGUACUUCAAGUGUGGCUCGCUAAACCACAUGAUGCGCGAGGAAUUUUACCAUUCGCAGUACGGUGACCCUGAGCCACAGCACUCCACACACUAUUGCGUGAUACCCGGAGAGCCGAACAUAGUGCCUCACCACCCGUCCCCCACCAAGCCGGACGACACGCGGACCACCGAUUCCAAUCAACAAACCCUGGCGUCCGAGUCGUUCCUCUAG